AUGGUGGGGGAUGAAGGCGAGGACAUUUCCUCUUCAGUUAAAGAGACUGACUUUAUCAGAUCAGUUGAUAUGUCACUGAUCCACGAGAGAACAGCUCUUCAAGCUGAGGUCGUAAAGUGGUGUUCGAAUCAGAUCAAACGAUCAAAUGAGACGAAUUUGUUCGCGCCCCCCGAUGCCAACAAGUAUUUCAAGGACAAGUUGUGUGAGCUACAAAUACAAGUGUUAGAACGGAGCAAGGUGAUAGCCCAGCUACAAGCGAGACUUACUGAACUGAUAAUAAACUGCCCUGAGUCAGCAGCCUCGCUACAGCAACUCAAACGGACCAUGGAGUCCCUCAAAUUCAAGAGGGAGACAAACAAGUAUGGAUAUGGACAGGACGUGGUGAAGAUAGCUUGUGAUGCUGUAGACUCUGUUAAAAGUCUAGUUGAACAGGUACCAUGUGAUUUUGCAACAGUAGAAGAGACAGUGAAGGAGCGAAUAUACCGGUCACUCAGUGAAAACGCUGCUCACAAGAAAAAACGAGGGAGUUUGCUACGAAACAGGUCCUUGAGUACCAACCACGUUUCAACGUCAACCAGCAGCACUAGCAGCGGUUUCCAUAGCAACGAUACCCACUUACCUGGAAACAGUGAAACACGAGACAUUAGAGCUUUAUCAAACUUGGACAUGAACGACAGUGGACUUUGAGACAUAAUAAUGAACAAAUGCUCUAUUGAUGGUGCAGCUUGAUUAUUACUAAUCUGUGUAACUGUGUUAUAAUAAGAUGUGUAGAUGAGAUUGGGUUAGAAUUUACGAUUUAACAGAUCUCAUUGUUUUUAUGUUUGAUAUAUUAUUGUAUGUAUUUCGUCAAUUUGACUGUCGACCUUUGAGAUGUAACUGUAACUGACUAAUCGACUUGUAAAUACAUGUGGAUCGAUUUUUAUACUCUUUAUAUUUUUAUCUUGGAAUAUAGUAUUGUUUUUGAGUAGUGUUUAAGAUGGUGAAAUUAUAUCAAAUAAGUACAGUUUGUUUCUUUCUGUCAUUUUAAUCUAUGGUGACAACUCUGGUUAUGUACUGAUUUAUGGUGGACCUUAUUUCAUUUUCAAUCAAUUUA